UGACAAAACUAUAAAAACAAUACACAACUAAAGCGCGUAGCCGAUUAGAAAAUGCAGUGAUUAUCGUGGAUGGAUUCAGAAUGGAGUCCUCAAAGAAAAUGACAAGAAAGUGGGACAGAGUGAGCGGCAGAGCAUUCAUCUUUUUCUCCGUAUCAGCGUUUCUUUUUGCUUCCUUCUUGAUAAACAAAUCUUUAGGCAUCAGAAGAGAUCAAACAUUGGCCCACCAUGCAUAUCCACUUUCACAUCCAAUCAUCAAGAAUGCUUGUACCACCACUCUUUACCCUUCUUUAUGCUUCACGGUCCUCGCUUCUGUUCCCUCCGCUGACAAUUUCACAACUUUCCAUCAUUUUCUCGAGAAAACCAUCAACCAAACGGUGAAAUACGUUGCAAGCAACCAUCAGAACAUCAAAGGACUCUCAACACGUCAAGACUUGAAUCUCCAGGAAAAGAAUGCGCUCAGAGAUUGCCUGGAGAUGUUAGAACAAACCCUUUAUGAACUAAGAGAGGCCAUUGAAGACCUCCAUGAUUACCAUGCAUCCAAAGCGUACUUUAAUGGCCCAAAUGGCAACCUCAAGACCCUUCUCAGUGCAGCCAUGACGAAUCAGAACACAUGCGUUGAUGGGGUUCUAGAAUUGGAAGAAUUUGAUUCAGAAAACCAAAAGGGUAUAAAAGAUCACCUCCAAGACUUGCUUAGUCCUACAACUCAAAUGAUGAGUAAUUGUUUGGGAGUGAUCAAUUACAUGGAGACAAAAACCCAGCAAGAAAUCUUGAACGACAGAGAAAUUUCAAUUACCAAAAUUCCAAAGAAUGGGUUCCCAGUGUGGAUGACACCCGGUGAGAGAAAUCUCAUGCAAAAAACACCAAACAUGAUGCCAAAUAUAAUUGUCGCCAAUGAUGGAAGUGGGGAUUAUGAGACUAUAGGUGAGGCAUUGGAGAUGGCUCCUAACAGAAGCAAAAAAAGAUUUGUGAUCAAAAUAAAGGCAGGAAUAUACAUUGAGAAUCUGGAGAUCAACAGGGAAAAGACUAACAUUAUGCUAGUUGGAGAUGGAAUGAAUUUAACCAUAAUCACAGGGUCUAGAAGCUUUGCGGAUGGGUUUUCCACGUUCACUUCAGCAACUCUAACUGUAACUGGGGACAAAUUCCUAGCCAUGGACUUAACAAUCAAGAACACAGCAGGUGGGCGAAAGUUCCAGGCAGUCGCUGCAAGAGUGACCUCAAAUUCUGCCUUUUAUCGCUGCAACUUUGUCUCAUAUCAAGACACCCUUUAUGCUCAUUCACUCCGCCAAUUCUAUCGUGAAUGCACGAUCCAAGGCACAAUAGAUUUCAUCUUUGGAAACGCAGCGGCAGUGUUCCAAAACUGUUUGAUAAUUGUUCGCAAACCAAUUCCAGGUCAGACAAACAUGAUCACUGCUCAAGGGAGAACAGACCCAAAUCAAAACACUGGCAUUUCGUUACAAAACUGUACCAUUUUGGCCGCACCAAAUUUCAAGGUGUCUGAUAGGAAAAAAUUCACAACUUUCUUGGGUCGGCCUUGGAGAAACUAUUCAAGAACUAUGGUGAUGAAGAGCUAUUUAGGAGACGUGAUAGAUCCACAGGGAUGGUGCAAGUGGGACGAAUAUAGCACAGUGGACACUGUAGAUUACAUUGAGCACUUGAAUUAUGGACCUGGUUCUGAUACCAAAAACAGGGUUACCUGGGGAGGGUACAGAAGUAAUUGCAGUGAAAGAGUUGCAAGGAAGUUCACAGUUGGGUUUUUUUUGCAUGGAGCAGGGGACUGGUUAGAGUCAACUGGGUUUCCACUCUUUUAUGGCUCAUAAAGGAGAGCAUCACCAUAAAAGUUUUAGUACUUUAGAAUACUUUCAUUAAAAUUAUCUUGAGUUGAUUUGGUAAAAAAAAGAAGUUUGGUACUGGCCAAGCUUUGUAGCAUUUAACAAGCUUAUGUUACGAUGAAUUUCUUUCCCUAACUGUAAGUAGACUAGAAGGAAGUAGAAUAAAUUUUCAUGGCUCUACCAAACCCUCUAAAUGAAGCAUGCUAAUGGUUCUUCAUUAAAUGGUCCGUACUUGAAGCCAAUUCAGAGGUAGGUUGUAGAUAUUUGUUUCGGUUUGGGUCCUACACCCUUAAGGAUUUGCCAACAAUUUGGUGCACUCUGGCCACGUGACCACCCUCAAAUAAAGAGAUCCGUAAAUUGUAAUUGUAAGGGAAAAGGAAAGCACAUUGUACAACUUAUUGAGAAAUUUUUUACUUUUUCCCACUUUUUAUUAUUAUUAUUAUUAUUAUUUUUUAUAAUAGUAAUCAAAUUGCCUAGAGAUUCUCUAAUUUAUAGUAAUUGAAUCACAUCUAACUGAUCCGGUUU